AAUAGUAUUAAAAGCGUUAGUCAACGCAAAAAAAAUAGUGAAAAGUGGCUAAAAACGAGCAGAAAAAAGUGGCGAAAAAAUAGAUAAAUAACAAAGUCGCAAGAAUGUGUCUCCUAACAACGAAAUGUUGCCAACAAAAAGAUGUUUUUACAAAACAACAACAACAUAAGUGCAUAGAAAGCAAUAAAAACAAGCGAGUGUUAAAUUAAAAUGGGAAAUGGCUUAUAUAUAUCUAUAUAAAUAUGUGUCCUAUAUACGUGUGCAAGUGUAUGCGUGAGAUGAAGGAAAUUGAGCGCAAUGUGUGUGGAAUUAGCACCUUUACUUAUUAAAACCACACAACUAAACUCAAACAGAUAUUCACGUAUAUGUAUAAACAACCAACGCAAAUGCAAAUAAACUACCGGAAGACAUACAACCAAAUAAAUAACAGUGCACCCACAAGCGUGCUUUAAAUUCAAAUGUAAGAAAAAGAAGAAAGAGAAAACCAAGAAAACUCGCUUAAAUCCACGAGCCAAACGAAAGGUGCAAAAAGACAUGACCCAAGAGUGCUAAAUGACGAAGUAAGGGAAGAGCAAAAUAAAAAAAAAAGAAAUAGAAGAAGCAGCAGAGCACCAGUUGUCUGGGGGAAAUAUCGCGCACAACAUACGUUUUGAACUGAAAACGGCGACUCACCUAACCCAACUCAACCCCAACUCGAACCAAAAGUUAAACCUUAAUUGCCACGCUGCGAAUUGUCGCACAAAUAAUAUACGCUUGCACACACAUAUAUCUAUGAGUAUAUGUGUAAGUGUGUGUGUGUGCGUGUGAACACAUAUGUAUGCAGCAUCAACUUGUAGUAACUUGUGCUUGAGCUCACUGGCGAGCAAAAGUUAAAUUUCGUGCAAGAGACGCUGCAAGAAAAGCAUUUGAUUGGUAAUUUCAUACGGUUGGCAGCAUACUUUCUAGAGACACUACGUUGAUUAACCAGAAAAUUGUUAAGAAACAAAAAACAAAAACAACAAUUAUUAAAGAACAUAUACAUAUGCAGGUGUUGCCUUGCCACCGGUGUCUGCGUGUAUGUGCGCCUAACGUCAUCACCAAAUUGCCAGUUUACACUCGGUCAUUGAGCAUGGGCAACAAGCAAAACAACAACGACAACAACAACCAGUGAAAGGUGACAAAAUCUACAACAAUAAUAGAUUCAAGUUUAACUUUUGAAAAGUCAGCAACCACAGAAAAAAAACAGUCACAACCAAAAUGAAUGCGGCACAAAGUGGUGGCCACACGAGUGGCUCCAUGGGCAAGAAGGGCUCACAAAUGGAGGAGCUGGUUGCCAUCUCGCCGGAACGACGUAAUUGGCGUGGGAUAUUUAUAGCGUUGCUGGUAAUAGCAGCCGUUUUUAGUCUCAUUAUAUUCUCUAUUUUCCUGCUGUCGCCAGAGGAUGAAGGGUUGCGCAUACGCGGCCGUCACAUGGUGCUGACUGAUAUUUUAGGCAAAAGUCUACAGUGGAGGCCCUUCAAUGGCACUUGGAGUAGUGAUAGCGAACUGAUAUAUCGCGAUCCGACAGGCGGUUUGUCGAUAUUAAAUUUAGAUAAUUAUACAACGCGGGUCCUAAUGACCAACUCAACAUUCCGGCAAUUGAAUGCUGAAUCAUUUCUCGUAUCGCCAGAUCAAAAAUACGUACUUCUACAAUCGGAUGGCAAUGUGGAGGGUUCAAGACACCACGUCUACGAAGUACAAACAGCGAAUACCUUCCCGCUCGGCCCAACAGAGAAUAUCGCCGAGCCGCCACGCUUACAGUAUGUCACAUGGGCACCCAAUCUGCCGCCCCCGCCAGCCACAACUAGCACCACUACCACUACGACCACAACAACAACAACAACGACAACGACUACAAAAGCGCCAGUAAGUACAACCACAACGACGGGCCAUGCGCCGUCAGCCAAUAAUGGAUCUGGCAGUGUCGGCGGUGGCAGCAUAUUGCUCAGCAGUUUAGCGGGCGCAACAGCGGCUGGCGGUGUCGGCGCAUCCAUCAGUGGCGUUGGUAAGCCACCGCCUAGUAAUUUUCAAUUUCCAAAUGGUGGCGCUGUCAAAGCGUUUCCACAAAAUCAGGCAAUCGCUUUUGUUUACGAGAAUGACAUCUACUACAAGCCGAAAGUUCAAGGCGAACUGGUGUGUCGCAUUACAACAACAGGUCGUGCUGGAAUUGUCUAUAAUGGCAUCCCGGAUUGGACGUAUGAAAACGUGCCGGAGCUGAAUGGGCGCAGCAGCGGCUUAGCCUUUUCGCCGGAUGGUCUAUUUUUAGCUUUCCUUACAUUCAAUGACAGCGAAGUGAAUGAAUACAAAUACACGUGGAUGGGCGAUGAUAUCAAAUAUCCAGCGGUCCUCACACAACGCUACCCCAAGGCAGGCGAAAUCAACCCGAAUGUCACGGUGAAUGUGGUCAACCUUUCCGUCCUCAAAUACAUCUUCCCCACACAAAUCAAACUUCCAGCCGAUCUCACGAACGGCAGCUACAUUGGCGCGCUCACUUGGGCUACACCAAUCGACCUCUCUGUGACGAUAACAAAUCGUGGUCAAACCAAAGCCGCAACGGUUAUAUGCCGUGCACCCGAGUUCAAUUGCCAAACUGUGCAUACAGAGGUGACCGUGAAUGAUGGUUGGGUGCUACCAGCCGAGCGUCCGAUUUUCUCCGUACGCAACAGCGCCAAUCUCAAACGUAACCAACAACAAUUGCUCGCCAAUGGUGUAAAUGGCAAUAGUAGCUUCCACAAUGUGAGUAAUGGACAAACCACCUAUGAAAUAUCAAAUGGCGGUUACCUACUCAAACGUCUUCCUGUGCGUGAUGGCGAGCAUGGACACUUCCGGCAUGUUGUCUUCAUUUCCUCGUUGGAUCGACGACCGGUGCCACUGACAAUGGGUCGUUUCGAGGUCACCGAACUUUUGGGUUGGGAUGAGGCGCAUGAUGUUAUCUACUUUAUGGCGGCGCCGGAGAAGCGACCAGGUGAAAGACAUCUCUACAAGAUAAGUCUGAAGCUAAAUGAGACGCAAAGCAAUCGCGCGUACAUCACAUCAACGCAGCCGACUUGCUUGACCUGCGACAAUACCGUCUCCACUUACCGUUUAACCGCGCAGGACAUACGCGUAGAGGAUGGCGGUAAUCGUAGUGAUGACGAGACAGAGUGCUACUAUGACAUACCCAAGAAUUGUCUAUACAAUAAAAUCUACUUCAGCAAAGAUUACUCGUAUUAUGUGCAGGAAUGUUUGGGACCUGAGUCACCUAGCGUGUAUUUGGUGGACACACAGAGCAAUAUGAAGACUUUCAUACUGAAUGCUGGACACAGUUUGCGUUAUCGUCUACUCCAGCUCGCACUGCCGCAGAUACGUACCUUCAGCGUGGAGAUACGGCACGGCUUUCACGCGCAGGUACGUCUAUACUUGCCGCCGGGUAUGCGCGAGGACGAGGAGGUCGCCUUUCCGCUCAUAUUGCACAUCAAUGCCGCACCUGGCUCGCAGCUGGUGACUGAGAAGUAUCAAGUCGACUGGAAUUGGUAUCUGAGUAGCCAACGGUCUAUGAUUGUGGCGCAAAUUGAUGGUCGCGGCAGUGGCUUCCAGGGUGAACUACUACGUACACAAGUGCACGGCAAGCUGGGCACUGUCGAGGUAGAGGAUCAACUGGGCGUAUUAACUUACCUGCGCGAUAAUUUGAAAUUCAUUGAUCCGUCACGUAUUUGCGCCUACGGCUGGGGUUACGGUGGCUACGCGGCCACCAUGACACUCAUCGAUGAUUCACAUCAGGUUCUGCAAUGUGCGGUGGCCGUCAAUCCGAUUGUCUCCUUCGGCUAUCAUUACUCGUUUUUCACCGAACGUUAUAUACCACUGAGAGGCGAUUACUUGCGCGCCCUGCAGGAGGCCGACUUGACGAUGAAGGCUGGCAAUAUUAAGGGCCGCAAUUUGAUGUUGAUACACGGCACGGCGGAUAGAUUGGUGCAUCAGGAGCAUACGUUGAUGUUGGUGCGUGCGUUGGUGGAUCAGCAAGUGAAGUUCCGGCAUCAGGUCUACCCCGAUGAGGAUCAUCCCAUGACAAAAUCGCUCAGUCAUGUCUACAAAACAAUGGAAUGGUAUUUCGAUGAAUGCUUUGGACCCAACGAUGAUACCGAAUGGGAUCCGACGGGAUUGUUCGUGUUCAAACAAUAAUUAAUCUUUCGAAAUGAAGGCGAAGCGCUUUAUUUGUAGAAGUUGGCUUAUAAUAAGUACAAUACAAAUACAUACUUAUGUAUGUAUGUAAUUAAAGAAACUAGUAUGAGAUAAGAAAAAGCUUCAAAAGUGGAGAUGCGAACGUUGCUUAAAAGAAGGUGAAAACAAAUAAAAGUGCAUGCGCAGUAAUGUAUGUAUGUAUGUAGAUAUAUUUGUAACAAUGGUAAAAAGUGCUUCGGAAGUAUGAGGAUAUGAGCAUGGGUACAUAUGUAUGUAUGGUUUUGUAAGGGCUAGAGCAGGCGCGUUCUAUACUUUAUGCUAUAGAAAACAAUACAACAGUUUUUUGCAUUUCAAGAAACAAAAGAAAAGAGAUUAUAUUAGUUUUUUGUAUUUGUAAGCU